AUGACACGACCCCCCAAUGUGGCCAUAAUUGGGGCUGGCUUUGCAGGCCUACGAUGUGCCGAUAUCCUGAUCCAGAAUGGCGCGCAAGUGACUAUCUUCGAGGCGCGUGGUAGAGUUGGAGGGAGAGUCCAUCAAGAUACAGUCGGUGGGCACCUGGUUGAUAUGGGCCCAAAUUGGAUCCAUGGAGCUGGCGCAAAUCCUGUUCUUGAUAUAGCGAAAGCAACAGGAACGGUCCUCCAUGAUUUCGAAGGCGCCCAGCUCGUCUUCGGAUCAGAUGGAAAAGCCAUGGACGAGGGGCUUGCCAUGAAGAUGUCCGAGGUCCUUUGGUCGACUAUCGAUGAGGCGUUCAAGUAUAGCAACAGCCAUAGAGACGACAUCCCGGCUGAGAAGAGCUUGCUUGAUUUUAUCCGUGAGCAACUCGAGGAAACGGAUCUGACCGCGGAUGAGAAACGCUUGUGUGUUGAGUCUGCUAGGCUUUGGGGCUCGUAUGUUGGAGAUCCUAUCGAGAGGCAGAGCCUAAAGUUUUUCAGCCUCGAAGAGUCAAUAGAUGGGAGUAAUUACUUCGUCGCGUCAACAUACAAGGACAUCCUUGCCAAAGUCUCCAAGACUGCCUUGAACCAGGCGGACAUCCGCCUCAACCAACCCAUCGUCAACAUCCACUCGAAACCGAUCAUCCAAGGUACAAGCACCCGCCGCGAGAUCACUCUCACCACGCAAGCUGGCGAGAACCACACCUUCGACGAGGUAGUCGUUACUUGCCCUUUAGGCUGGCUCAAGCGCAACAAAGCAACCUUCACCCCCGAGCUUCCGCCACGCCUUAGCACCGCCAUUGACGCCAUCUCCUACGGACGCCUAGAGAAAGUCUACAUCACAUUCCCCGAAGCCUUCUGGAAUAUCAAAGUCGCAGGCAACGCUGUCGCCCUGCCCCUGCAAACUGAGGCAGUCGUGAACGGAUCAAGCGCCAAACUGAGCUUUGCGCAAUUUCUUAACCCAACAUACCAUACGGACCACCCUGAGGAAAUCUCCUGGGAUCAAGAAUGUUUCUCUCUCGCUGCCUUGCCGCAUAAGACCGCACACCCGACUCUCCUUUUCUACGUCUACGGCCCUUGCGCCACAUACAUCGUCGACAAACUCACCUCGCUAUCGUCAUCAAAUCCAAAACCUCACCCACAUUGCCACCCCCCAGACUCAAAACAAUACACCUUCCUAAACGACCUCUUCCGCCCCUUCUACGCCCUCCUCCCAAACUACUCAAACAAACCAGGAUGCAUCCCAACAUCCAUCCUCGCAACAACCUGGCAAUCAGACCCCUACGCCGGCAAUGGCAGCUACGCAAACUUCCAAAUCGGCCUUAGCGACGGAAACAAAGACAUCGAGACUCUGCGCGCGGGGAUGGGCCUCGACCGCGGCGUGUGGUUUGCGGGCGAGCACACGGCGCCGUUCGUGGCGUUGGGGACAACCACCGGCGCGCUCUGGAGUGGAGAGCGUGCGGCGGGCCAGGUCUGCGCGCUUUAUCGCCUUGGACGCGUCGGGAUGGGAGCUGAGCGGGAUGAUAGUUUGCCUAGUGGUGUUGCGGAGCAUGAGGAUAGCAAUGGGACUCCGAGGGAGAGGGUUAAGGGGGGGAGCGGGUUUCGGGUUGGGGUGGGCAAUGGAAAUGGAAGUGGAAAUGGGAAUGGGGUGAAGGGUUCGAUGCUCUGA